AUGGCGUACCAGACCUUCCGGCAGGAGUACCUGCAGGUGCCGCCCGUUACGCGGGCCUACACCACGGCCUGCGUCCUCACUACCGCCGCCGUGCAAUUAGAGCUUAUCACUCCCUUUCAGCUGUAUUUCAACCCCGAAUUAAUAUUUAAGCACUUUCAAGUAUGGCGCCUGAUCACCAACUACUUAUUCUUUGGACCAGUUGGCUUUAAUUUUUUAUUUAACAUGAUCUUUUUAUACCGCUACUGCCGGAUGCUGGAGGAGGGCUCCUUCCGAGGCCGGACGGCAGAUUUUGUGUUCAUGUUCCUUUUUGGAGGACUUUUAAUGACCCUCUUUGGCCUGUUUGUGAACCUGGUGUUCCUGGGUCAGGCAUUCACCAUCAUGCUGGUGUACGUCUGGAGCCGCAGGAAUCCCUACGUCCGCAUGAACUUCUUUGGCCUUCUCAUCUUUCAAGCCCCAUUUCUACCCUGGGUACUGAUGGGCUUUUCACUGCUGUUGGGGAACUCCAUCAUUGUGGAUCUUCUGGGUAUUGCUGUUGGGCACAUAUAUUUUUUCUUAGAGGAUGUCUUUCCCAAUCAGCCUGGUGGUGGAAGGCUUCUGAGAACACCAUCUGUCCUCAAAGCAAUAUUUGACACUCCAGAUGAUGACCCCAACUAUAAUCCCUUGCCAGAAGAGCGGCCAGGAGGAUUUCCAUGGGGAGAAGGUCAGCGCCUGGGGGGUUAGUAACUGCCUGUGCCAAACCCCAGCCUCAGCUGGGAGGGACUGACCUGAAGGAAGUUCCACCCUGGGAGCCCUCUGGUUCCCCAUCACAGCAAGGACACUUUUGACAGCUCUCUGGUUUUGAAUCCAAGCACUUUAUGGAACAGCAGUCAAUCCAAGAUGCUUCCAAGCUGACUACCAGUGGCUUUCCCAGUCAGGGAAUUUUUGAGCUGGUAAUAAAAAUACAAAUCCAGUGGAGCCAAAACCCUGAAACUGGAAACCAUCUCCUGUCAACUGCAGUUAGCAAGACC